AUGAGGCAACCGAGGAGCGUGUGUAGGGUGCAGAGGGACCAGGCCCAGGGCGGCGAGGCUUUCGAGGGCGGCGCGCCCGCGCAGGCUCCCUCGCGCGUGCUCAAGCGAGCCGUGAGCUACCUCGAGCGAGUCAAGCGCACCUUCGCCGAGCGACCCGAAGUCUACCGCGCCUUCCUCGCCGUCAUGCACGCCUUCAAGGAACAAAGGGUGGAGAUCACGGGCCUGGUGACGCAGGUGUACCAGCUGUUCGAGGGACAUCCCAACCUGCUCAUCGGCUUCAACACCUUCCUGCCGAUCGGCCACUCGAGCGGCGCCAAGCCGACACACCCGGCCGUCGUCGCCGCCAACGUCAACAACGCAAACGUCUCGGACGAGGUGCAACCCGAGCAGCCGGCCCAGCUGCAGACCGUCACGGUCUCGACGGGCUGGUGA